CACCAUUAUUCCCUUUGGCUCAGUUAGGGCUGCCAUCCUGACUAAGCAGAGUCACAUGUCUGCGUAUAUCUAUCACGUGCGUCUAUCAUCACGAUUGCGGAACUUCGUACUUUUCUCGAACUCCCACCUCCCCUCAUCCACGCAAACACCUCGUGUCUCUGAAGGCCCCGUCCUUCCCAUUCUCCCGUGGGACUUUUGCCUCCCGAUGGGUGGAUCCCUAGACGCCGCCCUGUACAGUGGACGCUGUCGAGAUCCCUGACGAUGGCACCUCCGAGCGGGUCGGCGGCAUACAAGAAGAAAGAUGGCACCCUGACUAUAGCCCAGGACAGCCAGUCAAUCUCUUGGAUUCCGGCGGCUGGUGGUGCAGCUGGGACAAUUACGCUUCCAGUUUCUCAGAUUACGAAUUUGCAACAGACCCCCGCGAGUAACCCGAAAGUGAUGCUGAAGAUCUUCGUCUUCCCUCCGAAUGCCCCCGCCAAUUCCCCCGAACAAUACGUCUUUUCCUUUACAGCUGGAGCGAAUGCGCGUCCCGAAGCAGAUGCCAUCCGAGAUGCGCUCAGUGCUGCCAUCCAGGCGGCAAAAACCGCCCAGAAUCCACCCGUUAAAGAAGGCGUGUCCCCUGCUAUGGCGAUAGCGAAUGCGGUGUCAUCGGCCGGCAAAGUUCAAAAUCCAUGGGAUGACGACAAGCGGCUCCAAGGGGACGUUGAGUUACAACAGUCGCUGCUCAAGUCGAAUCCGGUUCUCCAGCGCAUGUUCAUGGAGUCGCUACAUACCAAGCCGGAUACGCUGUCAGCUGGACAGUUCAUGACUCUGUUCUGGUCGACGCGUCUCCAUCUUCUGCGCGCGCAUGCAAUCGAGCGGUCGCAGACGCGAGGGUCCUACAAUGUGCUGUCGACACUGAAGCCGCGAGUGGAAGACAGUGUGACAAAAUUGAACAUUAGCAAGGAGCAGAUUCAAUUGAUCUUCAACCAGCAUCCGCUCGUUAAACGGGUGUACGAUGAGAACGUGCCCAAGCUAAGCGAGCAGCAGUUCUGGUCUCGGUUUUUUCAAAGUCGGCUGUUCAAAAAGCUUCGCGGCGAGCGCAUCUCGGAGACGGACCCGACUGAUAUGAUUCUGGACAAAUAUCUCAAGGCGGACGAGUCUGGAAACCUGCCGCGCGAUGCGCAUGUUCCGCAUUUUCUGGAUCUGGCUGGAAAUGAAGUGAACAACAGCCAACAGCAAGGCAACCGACCCGAUGUCGACAUGCGCCCGUCCUCGGUGGAGAAGGUGCCUAUUAUCCGCACGCUCAACAGUCUGAGUGAGAAGAUCAUGGCGAACGUUGCACCUGCUGACGGUGCGGCGCACACGAGCGCAGGCGAAGAUAAUACAUAUAACGAACUGCAGCUGCGCGAUCUCCGCGGAGAUGAGGAACAGAGUCGCAUUCUCCUUAACGUCAAGGACCAGAGUCGCUUUUUCUCGUCGCAGGAUAAGUCAGCCGAAGACGAACAAAACAAGCUGUUCGCCCAGCAAGAUCCCAAUAAGAUACUCGGAAAUCUACGCGGGGAUCUAAGACGAAAUCUACCCGAAGACGGAGCCGCGCCGCUGGGGAAGCUGGUAGAGCCUCAAGAGGACGAAGACGAAGAUGAACAGAGAUUUGUCAACGUGGUUGGCUCCAGACCUAGUCUGAAGCGCGCAUCUACCCAAAUUCUCGAGGCGAUCCGGGACCGUCGUACUCAAACCGAGGGAUCUUCUACUGCUGGCACAUACGGCCUGUCGCCUGCAAUGUAUGACCGUUUAACGCUGACGCAUGCCACGACGACCGAGUUCCUGCAUCAGUUCUGGCAGGCGUUCCUUUCGGGAAAUGCGGAUCGUGCGGCUGAGGUGGCUUCGCUUGUCGAAUCGCUGAACCGGGCCAUGGAGCGCAUCAAAUCGGUAGCGCAAGACGCCGAGACCGAGCGGCAUGCGGAGAUCGAUCGACUCAAGCAACAUGCGCGGGAAAUGCUAGGGAAGACGGGGAAGAAGGUCAGGCCUAACCUGGCCAGUGUGGCUGGAGGCGAGCAGACCGUCAAUCGACUGCUGGGACCGACCGUCCAGGCGUUGGAAACGGCAUUGGCCAAAUACAACCAGGCUCUGGCAGAGGAGCUGAAGGAUGUACCGGCGGGAUGAUCUGGGAUAUUGUAUGAUAGAAUAGACAUAAAUGACUGUUAACGAUUC